CAAAGCUGAUCUGCGUGAAAUGCACUGGACAAAGCUGGAAUGAGCGCUCUUGGGAGUCUGCUCUUCGGGAUGACUAGCAAUUGAACAUGCAGACUCACAAACUUGUAUCCUGCAGCUUCUCAAUUAGUCGAGGAAUUCAAAGUCUGAAUUCACUUCCCAAAGUUCUAGUUUCUUUGCGCCGCUUUACGCCCGUCCCAAAGAGUGGACCAAAGACACUUCACCUCAUGUUGAGCACGCAGACGAGCAAUGCUUGCAGAGACACCAUCAGCGUUUGUCGGAGCCAGUGGUGUUGGGAGGAGGCCAUUGCAAUCCUCAGUGAUGCCCAAUCAAUCCGUGUUGAGCCAAAGAUUAUUAGCUACAACUUGACGAUCAGUGCAUGUGAAAAGGCGCAAGAAUGGCAGGCUGCUCUAAAGCUGCUUCGACAAAUUGGCGAUGUUGGAAUUCAAGCAAGUGAAGUAAGUGGCAACACUGCGAUCAGCGCAGCUGGAAGGCAGUUCACAUGGAGAGAAGCUGUGAAUAUUUUUCAAGGCUGCCAGAGGCAGAGCUUGGCCAACAGGAUCUCCUUUAACAGCACGAUCAACGCCAUGGAUUCUUGGCAAAAAGCCUUGCAACUUUUGCACGACACUGGACCCAAGUUUGUCCAAGUUGAUAUCAUAUCGUUCAAUGGAAGCAUCAGCCUCUGUGGAAGGCUAUUUGAAUGGACACGUGCAUUAGAGAUGCUCGGUGAAGCCCUCCUUGUGCAUUUGCAAGGGAGUCAGGUCACCUAUAAUGCCAGUGCCAGUUCAUUGGAAAAGGCCAGCAAGUGGAAAGAUCUCAUGAUAUUUCUUACAUCAGCAACAUGUUCUGCCCAUAUGACGAAUGAGGUCACUUUUAAUUCAGUGCUUACUGCUUGCGAGAAAACCUCUCGCUGGAUGUUGGCUCUUCAGCUAUUCAAGCAAAGCCAAAAGUACAGCCUGAAGAAAGACGUGAUCAGCUUUAAUGCAACUAUCAGUGCAUGUGAAAAGGCUGGCAAAUGGCAAAAUGCGCUGGUGCUGCUUGAAGCUGCAGAUUUCUUGGCAGAUGUCAUCACGUACAAUGCCAGUAUCAGUGCUUGUGAGAAAGCUGGUAAAUGGCAGUUGGCCAUACACGUGCUACAGCAGAUGAAGAACAUUACUGUGGAGGCUGACUUGAUCAGCUACAACAGUGCGAUCAGUGCUUGUCGUGAGGAUGCAUGGCCCUACGCUUUGCACCUCAUGGCAGUUGCUGAAACAGACAGUCAACAGCUGGAUGUCAUCUCAUACAGCUCUGCCGUUUGCGCUUGUGAAACAGCAUGUGAGUGGCAAUCGGCUUGGCUGCUUUUGCAAACUGUUCGCCAGAAGCGUCUCAUAAACGUGAUAGCAUUGAAUUCAUUCCUGAGCACUUUGGCGAGAGCUGGACAAUGGGAAUUAGCCUUGUGGCUGAUAUAUCGGGAGCGCCCCGUGAAGCUGGACGUGAUCAGCUACAGCUCGGGCAUCAACGCCUGUCAGAAGUCAUCCUCCUGGCAGCAUGGCCUUUUCUUGCUGCAAGAUGCCAAUGGCCGGCAGUUGCACCUGAACGUUGUCAGCUACAGUGCCGCCCUCAGCACCUCUGGCCCUUCGGCAUGGCAUAUGGUCCUGGGUCUUCUACGACGUUCGGGCAAUUUCCGACUCCAACUCAACGAGGUCUCGCCGCUUGGAAUGGAGAGAAUGACAAGGAAGUCUCGACCAACUCUUGGCGCCCAGAGAUCAUUUGUGUGUGUUCAUUUUAAAUCUUUAAUUUAUUCAUUAUGAUUGUUUGUAAGCGUUUGUGCUCGAGCACAACCCCAGAUGCUCAAGACUUUGUUCCGUCAGUGUGGGUCACAUUAGUCACUAACAUUUGACAAAAUUUGUCAAAAGCAAGAGCAAGAACAGGGAGCAGCUUCGCACACAUUGUUGCACUUUGUGAGUAGUAAGAUGAUGGGAAUUGCAAUCAGAUGGGGCCUUUUCAUACAGUUCCUUUGAUAGUGUCCCUGCUUAGAUACAACGGAGCUGCGGGAUCACUUUCAAACAGCUCGAAAUGGUUGUACGCUUUUCGCUUGCUGAGCCGAGCUGCUCACGUGGCUCUGCGUGAACCGCGGGAUGGGCGAGCAGCUGCCAUCCACGGCGCUGCAGGACAUCGUGCCUGGCGCACUGGACUGCAGGCGGCAUAUGCUGGGGAGGCACUGAACGUGGUGAGCUUCAACGAGCUUGUGUCCGUCUGUGAGAUGACAGAUGCUUGGCACUGCCAUGGAAAUGCUGUGCAUUUGGAAUAUUUGAAUCCAAACAAAGACAGUAAAUCACAGCAAAUCAGAUUUCUUGAGUACCGUCACUGACCACUCAAUUUGAUUCUGUGAGCGACAAAACAAAAG